AUGGAGAACGACAAGGGAGAAACCGUUGAUCUUUACGUUCCACGUAAGUGCAGCGCGACAAACCGCAUCAUCAAGGCCAAGGACCAUGGAUCAGUUCAAAUCUCUGUAGCCAAGGUUGACGACAGCGGUCGUGCCACUGGGGAGACCCAGGUUUAUGCCCUAUGCGGAUUCGUCAGGGCCAUGGGAGAGAGUGACGACUCUCUCAACAGACUCGCUCAACGCGACGGUCUGUUGAAGAGCGUCUGGAGUGGCCAAUCGCAAAGAUAA